CAGUUCUGCAGGGCUCUUCUGUCAAGACCGUAGUCUGCUCAUAAACAGGCACUGCCACAGUGAAAACAGUCGGCUACUUUUAGGUGUAGCCGUAUGAUUCGCCUAUUUAUUGUCUUUUAAAGAAUUAACUUCAUGGCUGCGACAGGACACCGGGACUCCUCAGAACGAGAAGGCCUGUCCUCCUCUGUGACUCACUACGGCUCCACAGACAGCAGCGGCGAGUAUGACCAUCACAGUGGCAGUCAUGGCAACAACCACAGCAACCAUCAGUUUCCCACGACGGGAGCAGGUCAUUGGGUUGGGGCUGAUCAGGAAGAGGAAGCCCUUCGCAGGAAGCUUAAAUACUUCUUCAUGAGUCCUUGUGAUAAAUAUCAUGCUAAGGGCCGCAAGCCUUUUAAACUGAUCCUGCAGCUGCUCAAGAUCAUUAUAGUCACAGCUCAGUUAGUGCUGUUCGGCCUCAGUAACCAGGUGGUGGUGACCUUCAAGGAGGAGAACACGAUGACCUUCAAACACCUCUUCCUCAAAGACUACGAUGAGUCCACAGAUGACUCCUUUGCUGUUUACACGCAGAGCGAUGUCUAUGACCACAUCUUUUAUGCCGUGGAGCAGUAUCUGGCUUUACCAGAGACCACAGUGGGACGCUAUGCAUAUGUCUACGAUGUCGGUGUGAAUGGCAGCGCGCUCUCCCUCUGCCAGCAGUACUACAAGAAGGGACGCAUUGACCCAGCCAACGAUACCUUCAGUAUAGACCCUCACAUCAUCACAGACUGUAUAGGUGUGAACCCUCUGUCGGUCCCUCCGGCUCCACUCGGCAGCAGCUACAAGAACUUUACGCUCAAGUUCCACAAGCUCAUUAAUGUCACCAUAGAGUUCAAGUUGAAGGCAAUCAAUAUACAGACCAUCAUCAACAACGAGAUCCCAGACUGCUACACUUUUUCCGUAACGAUAGUUCUGGACAACAAGGCUCACAGCGGCAAGGUGAAGAUCCGGUUAGAAAACCAGGCAUCAAUAAAGGAGUGUAAAGACCCGAGCAUCUCUGGACAUGCUGACAGCUACUCACGUGUAGCUUUUGAUAUCAUCGUGGCUCUGGUGUGUGUCGUGUCACUGCUGCUCUGUGGACGCUCCAUACUGCGAGGCAUCAUGCUGCAACAGGAGUUUGUGCAGUUCUUCAAGGAAACUCUGGAUCGUAAAGUGUGCUGGGGAGACCGGCUUGAGUUCAUUAAUGGCUGGUAUAUCCUCCUUAUCGUCAGCGAUAUCCUCACCAUCACUGGCACUAUCAUCAAAGUCGGCAUUGAAUCUAAGAACAUGUCCUCCUAUGACCUCUGUGGUAUCCUGUUGGGGACCUCCACACUUCUGGUGUGGGUGGGAGUCAUCCGCUACCUCACAUUCUUCCAGAAAUACAAUAUCCUGAUCGUCACACUUCGAGCAGCGUUCCCCAAUGUGAUUCGGUUCUGCCUCUGUGUGGCCGUCAUCUAUCUGGGUUACUGCUUCUGUGGCUGGAUCGUCCUGGGACCAUACCAUGUCAAGUUCCGUUCCCUGUCCAUGGUGUCGGAGUGUCUGUUCUCCCUCAUUAACGGGGACGACAUGUUUGUGACGUUCGCGGAGAUGCAGGAGAGCAGUACUCUGGUGUGGCUGUUCAGCCAAGUUUACCUGUACACUUUCAUCUCGCUCUUCAUCUACAUGGUGCUGUCGCUGUUUAUUGCCCUCAUCACAGGAGCCUAUGAGACCAUUAAGCACCAAACCCAAGAACCCAUCCAUAUCACAGACCUACACGCCUUCAUAGCAGAGUGUACAGAUGCACCAAGCUCUGGGAAGUUCAGGGGUCUGGAGACCUCGCCGUGCUCCUUCUUCUGCUGCUGUGACAGGACGACGACGUACGAGGACGUCCUGCUGGUGAACUGACGUUGAUCUCAGUGACCUCAAUAGCCUCCCCUGCUGACCACAGGGAUACACUGCACAGUCCUGAUGCCCAGUGUCUCUGUACAAACAUACUGUGUCUGUGUCAAACCUCAGCACUCAUCUGAAGGAGUCACCGCCAUCAGCCGGACCAGCACUCUGUAGAGGGAGUAUGUAACAACAGUCUUUUCAUUGGACCUAUUGCUUUUCCUGUCCUCGACUCCAUGAAGAAGAAACUGAGGACUGAUCAGAGGCUGGACUUGUCCUCUGUAUGAAGAGGAAGACAAGGCAGCAUCAUGGAUGACUAAUGCAAAUACAUUUCUCUGUUCCUUGUUGGUAUUUAAAACAAGUAUCAGUAUUUUUUCUUAUGUAUUUAACAAUGCACAAUGCUGAACCAGGAAAAGGACCUGUUGUAAAGAUACUAAGUGGGUACAACUGCCAUGAUGAGGACUGCAGAAGAGCAUACAUGGUGCUGACUGUUUUUAUGGUUUUUUUUUUGUUGUUGUUUUUUUUACUAUAGUAUUUCAAAUUCAGUUACCUCUUGAGGACAGGGCUCUUAAAAUGAGGCAUUUAUACAUCUCACAAAACAUAUCCACUGUCUUCUCCUUUUUACCAAAACCCAUUUUGAAAUAGUGUUCUUUACUGCAAAAAUGACUCAGCAGAGGACACUAGAAUCAUACUGGGACAUGUAAAUGUAUACAGUAUGAGAGGAAGAAAUCCACCUUCUAGUAGUCUGUCUUUAUUUAAGACAAUCAGGGAGAUGACUUCCAGAAAAAUACUGGAAAACAGGACCAUAUACAGAAUGCGGUUUUAGGUGUUGACUUGACUCGAUUUGUUUGCUCUACUAUGAGCUGCACCUACAGUAUAAAGUUUCAAACAGUUUCUCUAGCUGCGCUUUUACUGCACAAGCAUCACAUUGCCUUCAAAUGUGGAUCUUUGUUUUGUUUUUGUUGCUGCACUUGAUUGCUGUAGUAGAUUGUGUUGCAUUUAUCUGAGUAAAGAUCAAUACAGUGGGAUGCACUCACUCACUAAUGAAGCACUCAGCAUUGCCUGUGGUCAGCUACAACAAGGAAAGCUGCUCUCCAGAGCCAUAUGCAUGUUUCUUUAAUGAUGCCAAAGUUCAGAAGGUAGAAAUCUGACCCCCUUUCUCCAUCUCUUUACGGCACUGACGGCCAUCAACAAAUAGCAUCCGACUUGUUUAGUCUUUAGGGAAAAAAACUUGACUUGCCUUACAAAAUAGAGCAGGGGUUUGGGGUAGAUAACAAGGAGAUGUAAUGAUGGCAGAAACGUAUUUGUAGAGCUGCUAUAAUGUCUUGCCAUGUCUUCAUAAUUAUGUCUUGUCUAAAACUGUAGACCAGUGACCGGAUCUUUAGUGGACGCUUGAAUAACUUUAUUUCUCUUUGUCUAUGUACCGCAUAAAACGCACAGUAGUAUAGGGAGUCUCACAGUCUGGACUCCAGAAGGUGUUUUUAGGACAAUAGUUUAUUUUGUUAGGGAGAGAUGAUCUUUUAGCAGUAACAGGUUAAUUGAGUGUAAGAUGACAGUAUUUUUUUAGUCAUCUCAUAUUCUGUCUUAUAAACAAACACGUCACAUUUAAGCUAAUUAUUCGUAGGGACUUUGGCUCGAGAUGACAAAUGUGUGCCAAAUGUAUCCAAGGCCUUAACUUUAAAUGGUAUUACAUGCAUGUUUAUAUUAUCUAGUACCUCUCCUACAGUUUGAAGGUAUCAUGUUUUUUUAUACAAAUAAUAUGCACUUGUACUUGUGAAAUGCAAACAUGAAGUCAUCUACAUGGUGUCAUAUGUUGCCAAUCUACUGAUUAAACUUUCCCGGGUCAUCUUUGAUAUUAAAACUGUUUG